UAUCGGUAUCGGCCAAAAAUGCCAACAAUAUAGCAGAAUCUACCACGGUACGAACACUAUUUCCAUGAUUACAUUUAUUCAAUGACAGAUUUCAAAUUUGACAAUGGAACCUCAUAGGGAAAUUUCAAGAAGUGCAACACUUACGAGAAUCACUUCGAGAACUGAAGGACAGUCUACAAAAAGUGACGAGUAUGAACAAAUACUAGCCAAGCUCAAAAAGGACUUUGAGAAAAAAUGGAACGCCCGGAUGAGUACAAAGAGUGACCUGACCAUGGCAAAUUUUGAAACGUAUAGAACCCUUGGUACAGGUUCGUUCGGAAGAGUGGUUUUGGUGAAAAAGAUCAAGACGGACAAUUAUUUUGCCAUAAAAAUUUUAGAUAAAGAAAAAAUCGUUAGACUUAAGCAAGUUCAACAUACUCUCAGUGAGAAGCAUAUACUAAUGUCUAUUAAUUAUCCAUUUGCAAUUACAAUGAACCACUCGUUUAAAGAUAACAGCUACAUAUACUUCGUACUGCCGUUUAUUAACGGCGGUGAGAUGUUUUCGCAUCUUCGUAGGCAGCGCAAGUUCGACGAAAAUCUUGCCAAGUUUUAUGCCGCACAGGUUCUUCUAACGCUAGAGUAUUUGCACGAGAUGGAUUUGAUCUAUCGCGAUUUAAAACCGGAAAACAUUCUAAUAGACCCCGAUGGGUAUAUUAAAGUAACUGAUUUUGGAUUUUGUAAGAUGGUGAAGGGGCGGACGUGGACACUAUGUGGCACACCCGACUAUUUGGCUCCGGAAAUAAUUUUAUGUAAAGGAUACGGACAAACUGCCGAUUGGUGGUCAUUCGGGGUCCUCAUGUACGAAAUGUCCGCCGGGUAUCCUCCAUUUUACGCCCACGAUUCCAUGAAAAUUUACGAGAAAAUCAUAGGAGGAAAAUAUAAAUUUCCUGCGCAUUUCAGCGGGGAACUAAAGGAUAUUCUGAGAAACACAUUGCAAUUGGAUCUGACUAAAAGGUACGGCAAUUUAAAAGGUGGAACAAGCGAUUUCAAGAAUCAUAAAUGGUUUAAAGGCAUCAAUUGGUUGAGCCUUUAUCAGCGCAAGGUACAGCCGCCAUUUGUUCCAAUCACUAAAAAUGUAGGCGACACUUCUAAUUUUGAUGUUUACGACGAGGAACCUCUUCAAGUAGCAGCGAAAGAGUUGUACCCAACCGAAUUUGCAGAUUUUUAGUUUCACAAUGGUUUACCUAUCUGUUUAAAAACAUUGAAUUAUAUUAGAAGGGCGUUAUUUUUAUGCAAUAAGAGACGCUUUUCAGGUUUA